UACUUCGAAAUAAAAAAAAAAAUAUGAAAUAUUUUAAAAUAGCUAUAAUAGCUUUAUUUGCUAUCAGUGAAGUUUAUGGGAUAUCUUUAGAAUGUCCAUUGAUUUGUCCAGCUAUAUAUCAACCAACUUGUGGCACAAAUGGCAAGGAGUAUUUAAAAUUCAGCAACCCUUGUGGACUAAAAGUAUUCAAUUGUGAUCGUCAAAAGUCAGCUUUAUCAACUUUUAAACAGAGAGAUUUUGAUUAUUGUACUACUACCAACUUGGAUGAAGUGGAAAUAGAUCAUGUACCACAUUUGGACGUAGAUAAUAAAUUGUGCCACAAAGCAUGUCCGCUAAAUUAUAGACCAGUUUGUGGAUCAAAUGGAACCUAUAGGAAAUCUUUUCCAAAUGAAUGUGAUAUGAAUUCAUUUAAUUGUUUCUUUAAAACAGAAACUAUCAACAAUUGGAGAGUACUUCAUAGAGGCAACUGCUCAUAAGCUUAAAAAAGUAAAAAGUUUUAAGUUGAUCGACACAAAGUAAUAUAAUAUGAUUAAAACCAAAUUUGAUUGAAUUAUUUUACAGAAAUAAAUAAACAUUUUCAAAUUAUUAAAU